GUCGGGAGUCUCUUCUUCUGUUUCGAGUACAGCGAGCUUGAGUUUGGCCUUAGUUAGAGACAGGCCAAAACCAAAGGAAGAGGGACCACAUUGGACGACGUAAGUUGGAGUACAGUGUGUCUUGAGUGGUUUCUUGGCAAUACUCGUGUAUCCUUUCCGAGGGAUUUUGGUUUUUCCAUAUUUCUCCAGCUUCUAGACAGGGACAGACUUGGCCCUGUCAUUUGAAAAACAGUUCUAUCUUCACGAAGUUCCAAAAGGCACUUUAAAGGCCAGCACCGCAGAGGCAAAUUGGUUUUUAGUGGUGGCGAAUGGAGUUGGCGGAUUAUGAUUCUCUUUGCUGGGCGAAGACCACUAGAAAUUCUUUGAAGUGACGAAUUCAUGAUUCCCUCAGGAGAAGACAGGACACUAUCAGAGGAAGUCGCUUUGAGAAGAGAUGAUUUGAUUUAAGACUUGGGUGGUUUUGAAGAAACAAAUCGAACCAUCGAACCCCAAGAAGUGAGUGAGAGAAUGGUGAAAGUUUCGUGAAAUGGCUUGUGAUAAAAGUGGUUCUUCGGGACGAAUUCAGCCGGAAUAUUGAUUCUUCAAAGUGAUCAAGUAAAACUUCAUCACAAUGGGUUUGCAGCUGUUCCCUCUCCUCAUCUUGUCUAGCUUUCCAUAUAUUUCUUCCGGCUUUGAUAGUAGACAUCCUCAUCUAACCAAGCAUCCAACGCGGACCCAGGGUCCAAAAGUGGAUUCAUUCCCAUUGUGGGAUCCCUUGGGAGAGGCAAAUUCCAGCAGUCACGCCCACUCUAGUGAGUCCCCCGCGAUUGAGUCGCCUACCACCAAUCUACCCGAGGUUGGAAAUUUGUUCCUCGGUCGAAAUGGAACCAUCAUUCUGGCUCAAGUUGGAGGCACGGCUGUUCUCAAUUGUUGGGUUCAACUUCCCCCAACUCAAUUGGAAUACGAAGGUGGUCCGCUGAUGUGGUCGCGUGACAACCCGUUCGCUUUGUUGGCUUUGGGUGGAACGAUUCACAUUUUGGAUCCCAGAUUUUGGACCCAACAUCCAAAGGUCAGGCCCUCUUCAGAUCUGAUGAGUGAGGGCCCAAGGGAUAAACGAGCUCCCACCAAGCCCGAUUUGGGCCGGAUGGAGAGAAGUCCUGAUGAGAGAUCGUUUCCCAGGGACGCAAUUGAGGUCGACCAAAAUGUUUCAGGGUCCUCGCCACCCAUUUGGACCCGAUCGCUUCAGCGGCAGAAUGCUUGGAACUGGCCGCUAGUGAUUCGGGGGCUUCAAUUGAGCGAUAAUGGCACGUACAAAUGCCAAACCAGCUCUGAUCCACCGUCCUUCCUAUUCACUCAGCUCAUAGUCAUCGAGGCUAAAGCCACAAUUCAAGGUCCCGAAGAGCGAUAUCUGAGAUUGGGAUCCACCCUUCAUUUGGAUUGCGUGUUCCAUAAUAUUACCGCCCAACCCAACAUCAUAUUUUGGUAUCGGGACAACCGGAUGAUCGCGUAUGACCCUGAUGUCCGAAUCCACACGGAUCCCAUUCUCAACAGAACCCAGCUCACCAUUGAAAACGUUGGCUAUGCUCAUUCGGGUAACUACACGUGUAUGCCCUCUCCUUUGGUGCCUGACUCCGUUGUUGUUCAAGUCAUCACGGAUGAAGACAAAGCUCCGGCCGCCGUCUACAUCAACCUCGCUGCACCUCGAGCACCAUUGUCCACGGGCACACUGACUUUCUUUUUGAGUGUGAUUUGGCUGGUGAAUCUCUAUAUGAUGAGAAAAAAUCUUCUAGGAAUGAAUUAUAUGAGAGUUUGAGUUAAUAAAGACUUGAAUGAAAGUUUACCCAAUCGA